UUCGGUUUGCCUCCUCCCCUUAUGCCAGUCUGCCCCGAAAAGGGACCAAAACAAUACGCAUUACAAAGAAAGACCACAGCAAUUUUAGUGAACCGUACAGUGCGGGAAAACGGCCGCAGCUCAGUGUCGCAAUCUCCAGUUGCUUUGCGAAUAUAUACUACAGUGAUCGAUUGAGAGAUGGUUUCGCCAGUGACAGUGGUGAAGAGCGAAGGCCCUAAACUGGUGCCCUUCUUCAAGUCUACCUGUGUCUACUUCGUCCUGUGGCUACCAACCUCAAGCCCUUCUUGGUUCAGCGCCCUCAUCAAGUGUCUACCCAUCUUCUGCCUGUGGCUCUUCAUGCUGGCCCACGGCUUCAGCUUCUUAGGUGCCCACUCCAGUGCCCGCAAGAUCCUGGCCGGUCUCAUCUUCUCUAGCCUGGGAGAUGCCUUUCUCAUCUGGCAGGAGGAUGGCUACUUUAGCCACGGUUUGCUGAUGUUUGCCAUCUCCCACAUCCUCUACUCCUCGGCCUUCGGUAUGAAGCCCCUGAACCCGCUUGCCGGCCUGGUGAUCGGCGCCAUUUCGGCCGUAAGCUACGCCCUGCUCUACCCCUACCUCUCAGGCCCCUUCACCUACCUGGUGGGGGUCUAUAUCGCCCUGAUCGGCUUCAUGGGCUGGCGGGCCGUGGCCGGCCUCCAGUUGGCCAAUGACCUGUGGACCUGGACCAAGAUGUCGGCAUGCCUGGGCGCUGUACUCUUCAUGGUCUCCGACCUCACUAUUGCCGUGAACAAGUUCUGCUUCCCUGUGCCGCACUCGCGCGCCAUUAUCAUGGCCACCUACUAUGCCGCGCAGAUGCUGAUCGCGCUCUCCGCCGUCGAGUGCCAGGAUGUGGAGACGGCAAGGAAGAUGGCAUGAAGAGGAGAGAGCGAGGUCGCGUCACGUGAUCAAGAAGAUGUGAACGGGGCAGCCAAUCCCCCUUGUUUUUGUCAUGGUCAUAUUCCAGAGACCGUUACCCCCAAACCCCCUGCUUUGGUUGUAGCGUGGCAUUCGCACACCCUUGUUACCAUGGAAACUAGUGUACUACCACCAGCCUGCCCCAUGGCUAGUGGGACAGUCAAAGACCCUAGUUACCAUGGAGACAAGUGCACUACUUUUAACCCUCAACUACUGCCCUACAGUUCUCGUAGAUACGUCCUAGUUACUAGAGAGUAGUGCACUACAACUCCCCCACCUCACUGCCUAGGAUUUUGGUACAGACGACCAUACAGAUCACCAUGUCAAGGUUUGUGUGUGGGUGCGUGUGCGUGCGUAUUAGGUUAGAGGAUUCAUACUAUAUAACCUACAGAUGAGUGUGAAUUCUCAUGGCCUGCUACAAUAAUAGCCCCCCCCCCAGUCAUUGGCUGCCCUCUCCACCCCAUUUACAGUACAAUGUGGUCCAAUAUUGCAAAUUCAAAAGGAUGUGUUUUCUGUGGCAUAGUGUCUUUGCAACUAUUUUAUCACCAUUAUUUAAUUUAUCUCUGAAAAGGGAGUUGUUAAAGUGAAUAAGUUUGCACAUCUCGACUUGUUAUGGGGGAGGUAGUGUCCCAUAACUGCUGUCUGUUCUCAUGUAUUUAGGUGCUGUUCUCAAAGUCUGGAGCACAUCCACCCUCCUUUUGUACUUCUGCUCACCACACUCCUAUUAGAAUACAUCCUCUCUCCUGUGUCUAUGAGCCUAUGAAAAUUGCUGUGAAUGUCUACGCACACACACAGAGAGGGAGAGAGAGAGAGAGAGAGAGAGAGAGAGAGAAUUCGUGGACUUUUACCUAGCUAGCUGUUGCUAACUCAUUUGUCCUGGGAUAUGAACAUUGGGUUGCUAUUUUAACUGAAAUCCAUAUGCUCCUUCUAUCUGCUGGAUCUUUGUAGAAUUUUGACCCAUUUUGAGUCAAAAUCAUGUGUUCAGAAUCAUGUGUUCUCUACUCCGACAAUUAAUCCAAAGGUCCAAAGGUAAAAGGGAAAGCCUAGUAGGUUUUCUUUGAUUAAUCUCUCCUCAUUCAUUCUUCUUCGGAUUUUAUAUGACUGUUGGCAACCGGCGUUAAGGCUCAUGACCUCCAUCAACUAGGCUGGAGUGUGGACCUGGUUCAUCUUUCAAUCACUCACGUGGGUUUGUAUGCUCCUUCAAACCAAAGAGUAGAUGGGAGAGGCAUGACUUGCCGCGCCAAAUAGAACCAAGUUCUAUUUUAGUGCCUGGCUAUGCAGAUGGCGUGCGUGAGCAGUUUCGAUGAAAUGAUUGAAUAACGUGUAUGUGUACAUUUAUUUAGCAACAGUCGCGCACGCAACCUGGCCGGUUUGGUCAGCAUGUGAGAGAAUAUCAUUUGAGAGCGCCUGCUCUAGUAUUUUACCACAGUCAUUACUGAUCACUCAAAAGGCUGGUCCCUUCACUGCGGUCUAAGGGGAACAUUUUUCUUAGAUCUGUGUGCGUAUGUGUUUCUCUGUGUGUGUGUGUGUGUGUGUGUGUGUACCCUCUGUACCCGAGGCAUCUCACAGUGUUCCUCCUUCACUGUUUAUGUUACCCUGAACACGCACAAACACACACCACCUAUACACGCUUCCUUCAGGUCACACUUCAUUACCCCCAGCUCCUGCUGGUUUGGUUAUUAGAAGAAGCUGGUGGUGCCCUUAUUGCUGGAACAUUUUCAGCUACCAACUGUGUGCCUUUGGCCAUAUAAAGUGUCACGAAAGGGACAUGUUGGCUAAAGCCAGUCCUUGUUUUGUCUGCAGCGCUUGGGCCUUCAGAGAAGAACACUGCCCUAGGACACCCUGGUCCCUAAGUGUCCAAACACAGCCCAAAAAAGAGAGAGAAGACUGGCCAAUGGUUUCAUUAGCACAAGGGAACAAUUAUACCACUCAAUCCCGAUUGGUUACAUCCCCCGAGAUAGAUAUGCAGCUAUGACCCUUAUCUGUCAUGGUGUUUUUCUCUGUUGCACCAGCUAUAGGGCCCAUCUUUGCUGAGUUAUUGUGCUGUCUGUUUCAAGCAUAUUGGCUGAAAAGAUUUCAGUGUGUAUUUAAGACAUUUUUAGAAAACAGAUAGGUUGUUAUACUUGUUGCGUGUUGUUUUUGUGUGUGCGUGUGUACAGUAUGUGUGUGCGUGCGUGUAGGUGUGUGUCGAGAUCCCUUUAGGGCCGUGGCAGAAUUGCUGUGAUCUAUCAUUUUGGCUUGAACAUUGGCUAAAUGUACAUCACACCGGCGUAUUCCUAUUUUGUGAUAUUUUCUCAAAAUCCUUUGGCAUUUUCUCUUCUUCUCUUCAGUCCACCAUCUUCCUAUUAAUGGAUAUUGUCUGUAGUAUUUUCACCUGCUAUUACCUUUUCCCUUGCUGUCUUUUUCCUUUCUAUGACCCCGUAAUCAGGGAUGACGGAUUAAUGCCAGGCCAUUUUUAUGUAUGUAACGUUUUCCCAGCUAGCACAUAACGUUCUGAGAACCAUAUGUUUCUUAGAGCUUGGUGAGAGAGUGAUUUGUUGUUUAUUUUGCAUACAACUUUCUGGGAAUGGUGCAGGCUAGUUUCUUGGCUUUGGAACAUUCUCAGCACUUUUAAGGAACUUGACAAAAAUAGAUAUAUUUUCUUGGUAUUUCAUUACUUUAACAGAAUGUUUCCUAAAAGUUCAAACAUGGUUACAUUUAAUUUCAAUUUUGGUAAUGUUCUAGGAAUGUUCUCCAACUGGUUUGACAUUGGGAAUGUUCAAAAUUGUUCAACUUCGUUAAGAAACAACGUUCUUCGUUGGUAAUUUCAGUACUUCAGGCAUAACAUUUUACUACAGGUUUCCUCCUGGUUCCAUUUAAAGUCAUGUUCUCAAAUUGUUCCGAGAACGUUAAAAAAACUUUUGUAAUGUUCAGAGAACGUUCUAGGAAUGUUAUUUAAUAACAUACAUUCCAUUCUCAGCAUCACCAAAAUUCUCUCUAUCCUCAAUCUUGUUAAGUGUUUUCCGAUGCGUUGCCUGCGCCCACUAAUUGGCCACACCUGGUCUUAUUGAGCGUUUGUUUCAAUUGAAAUGGGGUCUGUUUGAAUAAACUAAAAUGAACAGAUUUGUAAGCGUAAAAAAAUAUGGCAUGCUAGCUCCAUCCUGGUGGUGUGGUGGACUAAUUCCUUGGAUAGAUUAUAGGUUUGAAUCUCACUGAUGCCGUGUCACAAUGAAAAAGAAAUGUGUUUGCAUGUUUAAUGCAUUUCCAUGUGUCCUAUCUGUGCAAGUAACCCACUUAUCAACUAACACAAAAUCAACAAAACAAUUCACAAAGUCAUUGGAUUUUGGUUAAAAGUUUGGUGGGGAAAAAAACAAAAUUCCCUUCUGUUGACUUUUUGAAAAUCCAAUUGGUUUCCCACGUUGAUUCAACAUCGUCACGUAGAUUUUUUUUAAAUUACUUGGAAACGUCAUUGAUUCAACAAGUUUCUGCCCAGUGGGAAAAGUCACAUUCAGUGAACAUUUGGUAUAGCUUAUGAGUGUGUAGGCUCUAUUUCUUUUAUACCGACUUUUUUUCAGCCCUGCAUCCCGCUAAAGGAUAUGCGUUUGAUUACACUUUUCUAUAGAGAGUGGUUGUUGUAUAGGGCCCAUAGAGUCUAAUGUAGCAUGAAGAAGGAUGCUAAAAAUGCAUGUCUUCUAUUGGUAUUGAAGACAUCUAUCUAUUGGCUAUUGUUGUUUAUUGAUAUCUAUUCAGCUACAGUAUAUGAAACUAACUGACAGUUUACUGGAAUAAGUAGACGAACUACUUAAAGAUGCAUACAAACAGUAUAUUGUAACAUAUAGUUUAUUUGACCUUUUAAUAGUUUGAAUUGGGAUAUGUAUAGGGAGUAUUUGAAUACUUGUGGAUACACAGAGUAUCCAAAUAUAUCGUACCGUUCUGUCCCACUGGGCACCAACUGGUUGAAUCAACGUUGUGUCCACAACAUUUCCACAAAGAAAUGCAAUGUUUUUCCUUUUGAUGAUGUUGAAUCAAUGUAGAAGAUUAAUUGGACUUGCAAAAACUCGUCAACGUACAGGAAUUUUAGAUUUUUUUGUAAACCAACUUUUAACCUAAAUAAAAUGGCAGUCUAAGCUGCAGAAGGGAUUACUGAGAGAAUAAGAUUCUAAAUGAGGGGAGGCAUGAGCUCCCCUUAAUGCAACAAAAGUCAAACUUUUAAGUAAACCAUUCUCCUAUUUGUUUCAAAUGCAAUUUUGUACUGUUACAGUUGUACAUUUUUAAAUAAAAGCUUAAACGAA